GGCAGGAGGGGUGUCUGAGUGUCCCCGGUGUCCCCCCGCAGGUGACGCUGCCGCGGCCGACGUUCCCGGUGCCGAUCCCGACAUUCCCGGUGCCGAUCCCGGAGGAUGAACAAGCCCACGGACCUGCAGCACGACCUGGAACGCAGCCUGCCAGCCAUCGCCUCCAUCAGCUCCUCCCUCUCCCAGAGCCAGGGCUUCUCCCCCUACUUCUUGUCCCCAGAGAAGAGGAAGGUCAUCUCGGAUGUGAGGAGGACCUUCUGCCUCUUCGUCACCUUCGACCUGCUCUUCAUCUCCCUGCUCUGGAUCAUCGAGCUCAAUACCAAGGAUGGCAUCCAGAAGAACCUGAAGGAAGAAAUCAUUGAUUACAAGUUCAAGAGCUCUUUCUUUGACAUAUUUCUCCUGGCCCUGUUUCGGUUCGUGGUGCUGCUCCUGGCCUACGCCGUCGUCCGCCUGCGCCACUGGUGGGUCAUCGCGGUCACCACACUGGUCUCCAGUGCCUUCCUGAUUGUGAAGGUCAUCCUCUCUGAGCUUCUGACCAAAGGGGCUUUUGGCUACUUGCUUCCCAUCGUCUCGUUUGUCAUUGCCUGGCUGGAGACCUGGUUCCUGGAUUUUAAAGUCCUCACUCAGGAAGCAGAAGAGGAGCGAUGGUACCUGGCAGCCCAGGCUGCGGCCUCACGGCCCCUGCUCUACCCCCGGGCCCUCUCUGAGGGGCAGUUCUACUCCCCCCCUGAAUCCUUUGCAGGGUCGGACAACGAGUCGGAUGAGGAAGGCACAGGGAGAAAGCCCUUGACAGCUCAGGAAAAGGAGUAUGUCCGACAAGGCAAGGAGGCCAUGGAGGUCGUGGACCAAAUCCUCGCCCAGGAGGAGAACUGGAAGUUCGAGAAAAACAAUGACUUUGGUGAUGUUGUUUACACUUUUGAAAUCCCUUUCCACGGCAAGACCUUUAUUUUAAAGGCUUUCCUGCAGUGCUCUCCCGAGCUGGUUUACCAGGAGGUGAUUCUCCAGCCGGAGAAGAUGAUCCUGUGGAACAGAACAGUGGCAGCGUGCCAGAUCCUGCAGCGGAUCGAGGACAACACGAUUGUCUCGUACGACGUGGCGGCCGGAGCUGCCGGAGGGGUGGUUUCCCCAAGGGAUUUCGUGAACGUGCGUCGGAUCGAGAGGAGAAGGGACAGGUACGUUUCCUCAGGGAUAUCGACCACGCACAGCCUGAAGCCUCCUCUCUCCAAGUACGUCAGGGGUGAGAAUGGACCCGGAGGAUUCAUCGUCCUGAAGUGUCCCAGCAACCCCAGGGUCUGCACCUUCGUCUGGAUUCUCAACACAGACCUGAAGGGUCGGCUGCCGCGGUACCUGAUCCACCAGAGCCUGGCUGCCACCAUGUUCGAGUUCGCCUUCCACCUGCGCCAGCGCAUGGCCGAGCUCUGCUCCAAGCCCUGAGGACAUUCCACGGCCCUCUCUGCUCCGGAGGGGGGGGGGACAGGACCCUACACCCCCCCCAGAGAGGGGACCCCCCGCUGCCAGCGCUGGGCUGAGCCCGGGGAGGGGGCUCAGCUCCUCCUGCCCCCUCGUCGGGGCCCUGGAACCACUGACUGUUACGUGCCAAACCCCUGCCCUGCCCUCCUCUGGGGCUGGGCUGGCCCCCCCUGCCCCACACAGGGCAGGUGUGACCCCCUCCUGCCCCACACAGGGGGUGGGGGCUCAGCUGUGACCCCCAAAUUCCUGUCCUUGCGCCCCAAUUCCGUGAGGAAGAGGAGACGGGGGUGGAGGCUGCAGUGGGGUGAGGGCACAGCCGAGCCCCGUGCCAGCUCUGACGUCGGGGUUUAGGCACAGCCUGUGUCCCCCCACACCCCCUGUGCCCCCCGGGGCUGUGCCCCCCACCCCGGGGCACGGCUGGGACUGCACAAACCCCCUCCCUGGCGCCGGCCGAGCCCCCUCCCCCUUCCCGAUCCCGCAGCUCCCGGCGCGGGAUUUGCCUUAAGCAGAGACUUUGAUCCUUUUUGGGGGUGUGGGGGGGGGGUUGGGGGUUGGGGGGGCGCGGGGGCGACUGCGGUUUCUCUACCUGUGAGCGCCGUGUGCUGCUCUAAAAACAGCAGCAGCAGCAGCAGCGCGGGGCCCCCCCCGCACGCGGGGGCUGCACGAAGAGAGAGGGGAGGGGGGCACCCAGAGCAACCCCCCCCCCCUCCCCCCCGGGGCUCUCUGCACCCCUCCACCCCCCCCAUGGCCUGGGGAUACGACCCCCACCCCGAAAUCUCUGAGGGGGGAAUUAAAGCCUUGCACUGUUUGCAGCUCCUCGUGCC